AUGAGUGCUAAACAGGGAAAAUAAAUUAACAAACAUGAAGAAAAUGUUUGUAGUUUCCUAAUGCAAAGAAAACACCUUACCUGCACCAUGCUCACGAACAAGAAAGGAGGGGCGGAGUUUGGGUCACAUGACACAAACCGUCCAAUUGGGGCCUCCGUUCUUCAGCACAGCAAGCAACCGGUGACAGGUUAAACGUGAUUUGGACUUCAAUUCUGUAACUCCUGACUGAUGUCAAAACUUUCCCGUUUUAUAAAGUAAAAAAAAUAUGUCUCGAAGCCAAAUUUACUAUUCUGAUCGAUACAGCGAUGAUGAGUUUGAGUACAGACAUGUUGUUUUACCUUGGGAAAUGGCCAAGUACAUCCCGAGAUCCCACUUGAUGUCCGAAGAGGAGUGGAGGCAGCUGGGGGUGCAGCAGUCUAUAGGCUGGAUUCACUACAUGAUACAUGAACCAGAGCCUCACAUCCUUUUGUUUAGAAGACCUCUGCCUAAACAUUGACCACUUCAACUGUAACUUAUCUCAGCAAAGUAAUGAACAUGUAUUACUCAGCAGUGUUUUCAGUGGGCCAGGACAAAGAACCGGACCGUGGUCACAAGUGAAAAUGAUCACGCUGGACUGAAAUCAUGAACUAAUGAGAUGAGAGAGCUGAAACUUUUAUUAAUGUUUUGUGUUGUUACAGAUUCUUGUGCGUGUGCUAACUAAAUGUUUAUAUACAUUACAUACAUAUACAACCUAAAGGUUUAUUUGUUGCUUAUAUUUUUUGCCUUGUGGUUUCUUUUUGUGGACACAAGAGGGUGCUGUGGUUCAAGUUUUGUUUCAAGUAAAUUUAUUGUAAAAUGAAUUUCAAAUAUCAAAUACACAGUAAAAAGUUUAAUAUAUUA